UUUUUGGACAAGCUCCUGGGGCAAACAGGGCUCAUGAGUUGCGCUGGAAACAGAAGAUAGAGGGAGUGUAGGAGCUCGCCAUCUCCAAGCGAUCUACAUUGGGAAAAACAUGGAGUCCGCUCCGGCAGCCCCCGAUCCAGCAGCCAGUGAGCCGGGCAGCAGCGUCUCCGAGGCGGCCGCCGGCGCCAGGGACACCCCGGUGAACCUGGAGCCUGCCCGGAAAAGCGAUGCGCCGGCUCCCGUCCGCAGGCAGAGCUACUCCAGCAGCAGCAGCAGAGGUAUUUCUGUAACAAAGAAGACUCAUACAUCUCAAAUUGAAAUUAUUCCAUGCAAGAUCUGUGGAGACAAAUCAUCAGGAAUCCAUUAUGGUGUCAUUACAUGUGAAGGCUGCAAGGGCUUUUUCAGAAGGAGUCAGCAAAGUAAUGCCACGUACUCCUGUCCUCGUCAGAAGAACUGCUUGAUUGACCGAACCAGCAGAAACCGCUGCCAACACUGCCGGUUACAGAAAUGCCUUGCUGUGGGGAUGUCUCGAGAUGCUGUAAAGUUUGGUCGAAUGUCAAAAAAGCAGAGGGACAGCCUGUACGCGGAGGUGCAGAAACAUCGAAUGCAGCAGCAGCAGCGAGAUCAUCAGCAGCAACCAGGAGAGGCAGAACCACUAACACCAACAUACAAUAUCACCACCAAUGGGUUAACAGAGCUACACGAUGACCUCAGUAAUUACAUUGAUGGGCAUACCCCUGAAGGUAGCAAAGCAGACUCUGCAGUUAGCAGCUUCUACUUAGACAUACAGCCUUCUCCAGAUCAGUCGGGUCUUGAUAUUAAUGGAAUCAAACCAGAACCAAUAUGUGACUACACACCAGCAUCGGGCUUCUUCCCUUAUUGUUCUUUUACAAAUGGGGAGACCUCUCCAACUGUGUCCAUGGCAGAAUUAGAACAUCUUGCACAGAAUAUUUCCAAGUCACACAUGGAAACUUGCCAGUACUUGAGAGAGGAGCUACAGCAGAUAACAUGGCAGACUUUUCUGCAGGAAGAAAUUGAGAACUAUCAGAACAAGCAAAGGGAGGUAAUGUGGCAGUUAUGCGCAGUCAAAAUAACAGAAGCUAUACAGUAUGUAGUGGAAUUUGCCAAACGCAUUGAUGGCUUUAUGGAACUGUGUCAAAAUGAUCAAAUUGUGCUUUUAAAAGCAGGGUCUUUAGAGGUUGUGUUCAUCAGAAUGUGCCGUGCCUUUGACUCCCAGAACAACACAGUCUACUUUGAUGGCAAGUAUGCUAGCCCAGAGGUUUUCAAGUCCUUAGGUUGUGAAGACUUCAUUAGUUUUGUGUUUGAAUUUGGAAAAAGUUUAUGUUCUAUGCACCUGACAGAAGAUGAGAUAGCUUUGUUUUCUGCGUUUGUUUUAAUGUCAGCAGAUCGCUCAUGGCUUCAGGAGAAAGUAAAAAUUGAAAAACUCCAACAGAAGAUCCAGCUAGCACUUCAGCAUGUCCUACAGAAGAACCACCGAGAGGAUGGAAUUCUAACAAAGUUAAUAUGCAAAGUGUCUACUUUAAGAGCACUGUGUGGACGACAUACAGAAAAGCUUAUGGCAUUUAAAGCAAUAUACCCAGACAUUGUACGACUUCAUUUUCCUCCACUUUACAAGGAGUUGUUCACUUCAGAAUUUGAGCCAGCGAUGCAAAUUGAUGGGUAAACGUAUCACCUGAGCACUUCUAGAAUGUCCGAAGUACAAACAUUAAAACAAAGGAAAGAAAAAGAAAAAAAAAAAAGAAAAAAAAAAAAGAAAACCAAGACACUUUAUAUGGCCCUGCACAGACCUAGGGAGCCAACACACUGCACAUCUCUUGGUGGUCGGGGUCAGGCGAAGGAUGGGAAACAAUGAAACAAAGUUGAACUUGUUUUUCUCAUGCAUAUGAUUUCCAUUAUGCCUACAAAUAUGGACCCUUUUUCUGUCUCAGCUUCUCAAUCCUUGACCUCUGUUUACACAGACUGAGGGUACUAAUGUCAGAAGGUUGUUUUCUCCUGUAGUUCACUGCCCAGACUUUUGACAGAACAAUCAAUUUGUUGAUCAGAACAGAGAGUCCACCUAGUAAUCAGCGACUGGUGUGCAUUGCAGAGAUUUCAGCAUCAGUUUGCACAACUUGCUCAUUGUUUCAUGAAGGACGAUUUUUUCACCUACCACUGUUUGCCAGUAGACAUAACGGCAUGAAAAGGGUCCAUAGCAAUAGCAACAAUAGCAUUAUAAUAUAUUACAGGGUAAAUGGGCAUGAAGACUAUAUAUAGCAAAAGAGAUAUUGUUUAUAUAUUGUUUUAAUUAAUAUAAAAUGUAGUUACUGGUAUAGCUUUUCUUGUUGAAUUGAUAAGGCACUUUCAUUUUGCACCUUUUUUCUUUAAAUUAAAUGCUAGCGUGUUCAUUGUUGUGUUGCAUGUGCACCAGAAAUUCAAGUUUAACUGAAAAAGGUCUGGCAGGUACUGGUACAUUGGGAGGUAUUUAUGCUGCUGUUUUCCAUGUUACUUUUGAAGAGAGGCUGGUCAUAUCCUGAAAUGGUUACACAGAUUUUUUUAAGAGUUGAAAAUAAUGACAAUUUUCUAAAUUAAAAUCAGCUUUUCACCAUUAAUUUCAAAGGUACUUCUAUUUUCAAAUCUUUCAAACCUGGAAGUUUAAAAUUAUAUGCCUAAAUUCAGAUUUAGGUGCACAAGACAAAUGCCUCAUUUUCAAAGAUGCUGAGUUUCCAUGGUCAAAGUUAAACUAGGCAAUUGUGGAUCACUUACAAAUGGGUAACACAGCAUCCCUGAAAAUCAGGCUGUUAAAUAAAGUGUAUUUCUCCCACUGUAAACCCAGGUUUGAAAGUAUUUACUCAAGUCUGUAUCUACAGUAAAAGUAUGUGUGUACGACAUGUAUGUGGAAAAGUUUAUAUAUAGUAUUACAUACUUUUGUACUCCAUAUUGUAAACAAUGCCUUCAAACUCCAAACUCUAUCACAGCCCAUAGGUUUGUCUUUGACUUCAGUGAGAUGAGACACUGACCCAUGUUCUUCUGGCAUCCAGCAGUUCAAUUGCAGGUAGCUGAACAGAGAAGUCCAUUACUCUCUUUAUUUAAGAAGAUGCACUUUAAAGUUUAUCAGAUGAGGACAGACUAACAAAGUAAAGGCACACUGUACUAGAAAGCACUGUUUUGUACUGUGUGUAAUCCCUGCAAAACAUUGAUAUCAUAAAUCUGCAUUCUCUUAAUUCUGAAAUUGUGAUUCCCAUAUUGUGUAACCAAGCAAUAAGCUGAAUCUUGCAGUCGUAGUUAUUCAUUACCAUUCCCCAUCAUUCUUCCAUUUAGGAAGAAUACUGUCUCUGAGCAAUUUUGUCAAUUAAACCUAGUUCUGAAGGAGGCAGAAUCAGAAUAAAUGACAUCACAAAAUAAACUGGCUGUUUGAGCCAGAGGUGCAUAAUUGGUUUGGAUGAGGUAAGGAUGUAUAACUGGAUGCCUUGCAGGCCUACACAAAAGAAGUUUCUGAUUAAGUAUGUAACAAAAAGCCAGAAACGUUGAAAAAGGAAUGAGACAGGGUAUGCUGUUUAUCCAAGGAUACACAAGUUCUCAAAUAUAUUAGUCAUUGAGAAGUAAGAGAAGCCUAACUAUUUAAAACAUGAGAAUUAGGUCAGUGGGUUAUUAUAAGCAAAACAGAGGUUUACUCUGUGAUUUGAAUAUGUUUCCUUUGGGGUACAUUUGAGAUACUUAGCUAUGACACCUAUUAAAAACUAUAGUCUGCCACAUCAGGGAAGCUUACAGCUAUCACUCAUCUCUGUGUUUCAAAAGGAGGGAGAUUGAUGUUUCCCCUUCAAAGCAGUGUGUAUGGGAUGGGAACACCUGCAUCUCUGUGAGCACUGGGAGGGAGGCAUCGAAGUGCUUUUGGCAAAAGUUCAUGGAACUGUCCUUUUACUGCUCUAUCCUGCCUGUUCACAAAGAGGCAGCUCACAACCCAGAACAUGCUCUCUCCAGUCUCACUGUAACACUUUCCUAGAAUCAUUGUUUGCUUUAUUGGAGUAACUGGCAUGAUAUGGUACUUUCAAUCUAAUGUGUUUUCCUGUUUUUAAAACAACCUUUUAACUAACAAAUGUUUUCUGAAUGUGACCAGCCUUAGGUGCUAGUCCUGUAAAGAUCAACUAAACUUAAUCUCAGUGUCAAUUAAUGAAGUAAGACCUGUACUUUUUAGAGUGAGAUACAACUCCUACUUCUGACAAUAAGUAGACUACCAGGAAAAAUAUUUGGGGAUUAAUUUUCAGUCGCAUCCUUUUCUUACCUUUUUCUGAUGAAUUAGUACUUUAUUAUUAGUAGUACUUUACUGGGCAUUUAAGUGCCAAUGGUUUUGUAUUUACACCCAUAAGUCAUUGACAAAACCGAUUUUUGGAGCAUUUACUAAUAAAAUACAUAACCAUAAAAAGGUUCCAGAUAGAGCCUUAGCUGAAAGCCCUUUGCAUCUGAAAACAGCUUGGAAUGUGAUCCAGGCCAGAAAGUGCUGUCAUUUUUGCCCAUGGGAGCUCCUAUGUAUCGGCACCUUGUGAAAUCAGACUGUGCACUUAUCCUAAGUAACUACUUUCCUGAUCACAGUUAACAGCCACUUGGCAAUAGGAUAUUAUUUUUGGUUUGGUCUUUAUGGCAGGGGCGGGGCAGAGGGAUACAGCAUGGCAGAUGUGCUGGUAAGACUUCCGUUGCCAAGAAAGCUUUCAUGAAAGGGGACAUAGAAUAACAUCAGAGUGGCUGGUCAGAGCAAGGGUCAUGUAAGACCCAGCACAGCAGAGGAAAUGCUCUCUGCAGAACCUCUGGGACUGUGACCUGGUAUCAGAUGAUCAACCAAACAGUUGGUUAAAAAAACAGAUCUGGAGUCAAUGGAUAUUCAUAAGUAUUUUCAAAGUCUACCUAGUUCACUACGAACAAAAACAUGAGGACAGCUGAAGAAACAGGAACAGUAUUUUGGUUUUGAAUUAUCUGUUCCUUAAAGUCUGCAAAGAGAUUUUCAUUGGGUAUUUUAUCUAUUCAUAGAGAUGUUCUGGCUUUCUAGGAAAGAGAUAUUGUACUACACUGCCAGUAGUAUACUAAUGUACUUCAACAUCUCCAGCAUUGUUUGACGUUUUAAAAACUAUGAGAUUAGGUGAAAAGGGAGGCUGGUUUUAAGUUUGGUUGUUCUUUAUUAAAGCUUAUCUUAGUAUGGAUACCAAGCUAUCUGUGUGUAUGUGUACCUGUGUGUGUGAGAGAGAGAGUGUAUUUGUGUGUGCACAUGAAUAUAUGUGUGGGUAUGUGAGAGUGGCUGCUUCUAGGCUGUUAAGUGUCAAUGGAAUAAAGAAAAUGUAUUCAAAAUACUUAAGUCAAUAAUAGAAGGUGGAAAAAAGAUUUAUUCUAUACAAAGCCUUGUCUGGACCACUUUAGAGAGACUUCUAUUUUUUUAACCCUUCUAUAAAUGUUUGAUGGCACUUGAAAUAUUCCUGCAAUAAAAUGUGAUUUGUGUAAACAUUAAAAAAAAAGAUUUUGUAAUGUGAAACAAUGAAAGAAAGUAAUGUAAUUUUUCUAAAAAACAAAAAAACACAAAUGAACGAACUUUGUAUUAUUUUCUUGAUGGAAUUUGUCUAUUUGUCUUUGGAAAACUUUUUAUUUCAUUGAAUGUGCCAUAGUAGAGGUGUCUUUUCUUUUUCUUUCUUUUUUUUGUUUGUUUUUUACAUUUUAGAUUAAAGGAAUAGCUGUGUUCCGACAUUCCAAAAUGCAAGAUGACAUAGCAGUCCUGAUUAAAAGGUUUGAUUAGUAAGCUUCAAUCAUUGUUGCUUUUUUUGCACAUGUUCUUCAUUCCUCUACAGUGCAAUAUGUACAUAGAGCACUUGCGGGUGUAACCUUGAUCCCUCAGGGAAAAAUACAUAUUUGUACAGGAUUUUUCUUUUUUUUAUGCCUUUUUUUCUUUUUUUGUUUUUGCUAAGGAAUGUCGAUUGAAUCACCUGUCUGUUGUUGAGGGGCAGCCAGAUAAUAAUCCUAACCACUGUCACAAAACAUUGAUUGUUUAAAUUUUGUGCCCUUUUAUUAUUUAAAAAAAGAAAAAUAAAAGUUAUUUUCUGACAGUUCUUUUGUGCUGAUUGGUGAUAAAAAGGGUAAAUAGAUAAGCACCUUAUGAUUGACUUAACUGUGAAUGACAAUCCAUCUCGUUAUCAACAACAGAAGCCCUUUCAUUUUGGAGCUGGGGUUAAGAGUCAGAAACUAAUGUGCUCAGGGAUCUUCUAAAACUCUUCAACAGGGUGGCCAGUACUACUGGUGGAACAAAUUACUUUUUAAAAAAAUAUGCUAGUAUUUAUUCCCUCUCCCCCCCAGGCACAAGAGAACUGGAUAUUUUUUUGUAACUAAAUGCUCUAUGCGUGCCUCAUUCUCACUCAGUUUUGCAGUAUACUUGCUCUUUGGUCUUGAUUUUGUUCAAAACAGAAGUACUCCAAAGAGUGCAAAGGUUUUGCAAUUACAUUUUAAAAAAUAAAUUAAUGCUGACCCAUUAAGUAAAGGAUUUAAAUUAAUUUAAGUACCCUGUGGACAUUUUUAUAAUGAUAGGACUAUUUUUCCAGCUGAAUGUUUUUCAAUACAAAAUGAGUUUUCAGUAUGUAAAUUAUUGUCAAAGAAAACAAAUCAGUUUGUGGUAGUACAAGGUAAUCAUUAGGUUUCAACACUCAAGUCACACAAGAGGGAAGACAGAUCUGCAGGAAUACAAGAACACUUCAGACAUUCUCUUGUUGCAUAUGCUUCAUGGUAAAGCAAAAGUCCUGCCUAAAAAGAAACAGUGAGGCUGAAGACAUUUUCGUAUCUAGUACAUCAAAUACAGCAAUUCCAAGUUAUUUCACCAAAACCCAACAGUGUCUAGGGGAGUCUCCACGUGCCAAACUGUAGGAUUCUGGAGGCCUGUCCCAAUUAGCCUUGUUCUAGGGCUUCACAUUAUUUUGAAAAUGCAAGUAGAAAAGAAAGUAAAUACAAACAAAAUUAGCAAGAUUUCAAGGCUUCAGUUAGAUUGGGAAGAGAGUGAAUUUCUCCACCAAACAUGUCUGUCGGCUUGCAAAAAGCAUCAGUUCUUCAGUAUCUUAGGUUACUGAGGGUUUUUUCACCAGGUAUGUAGCUUACAGUUGUUUACUGUAGGUUGCUUUAUAAACAGGGACACCUUUCUUACUGUUUUACAAGCUGAUGGUUGAGUUUAGGUUGGAAUGGCCACCCAAGACAAACAACUGCUCUGAGCAACCUGGUCUACUGGGAGGUGACCCUGCCCAUGCAGGGGGGUUGGACCUAGAUUAUCUUUAAGGUCCUUUCCAACUCAUUCUAUGGUCCUAUGAUUCUGUGAAGUAUAACCCCUUGAUCAGGUUGUGUUGUGGCAUCUGCAGUAGAACAACAUUCCUAUUGCUUCACAAUAGAACCUCUUUUUUACAUGCAUGCCUAUCAGUUGAACAUACUGUUAAUAAAUACAAUCUGUUAGAGGUUUUAACUAUGUAGUGGAGUGAGCCAAACAUUCUACCUUUUUUUUAAUUGAUAUUCCCCAGUCUGAUCUUGAUAAACAAAACAGGCUGCACAGUACAAGAUGUGCAUGCAAACAAUAUGUAUUUUUUUUCUCCAUACAUUUCUAAACUCCCCAAUGCCGAUAAACUUACUAAUACACAUGUCAGAAACGGCAUUUACUAGCCAAUAUACAAAAUAAUACACAAUUUUCUCUAGAGUGUUCAGUAUAUGAAAUUCUACCUGUGCUAACUGAUUCAGACUGCACAGAAGAAACACGUUUAUUUUCCUUAGCUGGAGAAAUUUAACUAUUAGAAAUAUUUUUCAUUAUUAAUACUAAUAUUUAUUAUGUUCAAAGAUUAAUCCAUUAAUAUAUUUGAAUAUUACCCAUCUAUUUUCUUUAUGCUUAAAUAUUCCUGUUAGUAAAUCAUUUGGUGGAAAUGAGGGCAAAUGCGUAUGGAUACCAAAUAGAACAACAAAAAAAGUUUUAAAAUUUAAAUGUGAAUUUAUUUUAAAAUUGCAGUAUAUGCUUUAAUCCUAGUACUGUGAUAAUAGCUCGCUAAAUAAUGUCACUGGACUUGAGGGGGAAAAUAUGUAACAUUUAGGGUAAUAUACAGUCUAUCUUUAGAACUUUAUUCAGGUACUAAAUAGAAUUCUGACAUCAAAAUACAAGCUGUAUUCUACCUUUUUCAUAUGUAGUGUUGCUGUUUAUAUAUUUUUUUUUUGCCUUUAUCAUUGGUAGAAUAUAGCAAUAACUUUAUAGCAAUAAGUAGGCUAUCCAAAUAAGAAACAAAACGUGAUAAAGGCUUCAGAUCAAUACUCAUAGGUUCAUUUCUUCUGCCACUAUGUAUGUCUUUCCUCACCAUCUCAUUACUUUUUCAAGCUGAACUUCACAAUGUAGUUGUUCAACUUGAUGAGUGACAUCACAACUUUUUGUUAACUUCUGCAUGUUUUUGGUGUUCAAAUGUCCUUUGUAUACUUAUUUUCCUAUAAGUCAGUGUUUCUCAAGCUUUUUGAAAGCACAAUCCGUCUGGGCUGUAUUUCUUCAUCAGGCUCUAUGUGUUGGAAUUAACUUACUUUGUCUGGGGCAGGGAGUGUGAACCAGCUGUACUUACUGGCAGCACUUCCUAACUAAAGGAACUGAGCUGCUGCUAGUACUAACUCCGUGGCUACUUCAAAUGCUUGCAGCCAACAGCCAGCCAACCCUUCCAGUUCCUCCAGACUGCGGGGGCUGAGCUGCACCCAGCGAGUGGGACAAGUUCCCUGGGCAGCACGCUGGUCUGCAGCCAGCACAGCUCCAUGCUGGGGAGCCGAGUUGCUGCACUUCACACAGAACCCAGCUACUUUGGCCUGACGUGGUGUUUUGAUCAUAAUCUAAACACUUUGGCAACUUUUGAAUGGUUGUGACUUUUGUUUGAGAAACACUACCCUAAAUUACCCCACAAAGUCUUAAUGUAGAUGCACAAACUUUACAGGAACUUGCAGUCUGUAAUGCUAUAUCUAAUGCAGAGAAUUCAUAAGCAAUACAGUGAAUUUUAUUUCACUAAAAGGCAUACGUACUGUACACCUUUCUAAAUCCAAAAUGUUCCUCAUUUCUACAUUGAUUUAGAAACAAGUUACAGAACAGUGGUGAAUAUCUGAACUAUUAGGACAUUAACUGGCUGCUUCUUUAUAUGUAACUGUAUUGUCUGCCUGCUCCUUUUCUGGAGAUGUGUUUUUGUAUUGGAUGUUUGGGCCAACGGGAGGCUUCAAGCUACAGUGUAUUUUCCCAGAUUAAAUAUAUUUAACAUACGACAAACCCCAGACAAGGCUUUUUAAAAUGUAUAAAGUACUGCAGUGUUAGGUGGUUUAUUUGCAAACUGUUUUCAAUGUUGUCCAUUUUUAUGGCACCUUUAACAAUAAUCUUGUUUCCAAAGUACAAAAAAAAGGUUAAAAAUACUCUAGCCAUAACUGAAUGUCAAGCAAUAAAAACAAAUGACUUUUUGUGCAUAGAUUUAAAAGAAAUACAAGUUUUAGACAUCUGCAUGUAAAUGCAAUCUCUUGUUUACUGCUUUCUUAAACUUGAGCAACUGAUUCCUUAUUUUACUACUAAUUUAAGGACUUGUAAUGGCCUGUAAACAUUUUAUCUUGCUCUAUUCUUUCAACUCGAACUUUGUCUCUGCUUUGGAGUCAUAAUAUUUAAUGUUGUUCUGCUCACCUCUAUACAGUUAACUUUUUGCUUUCAUUCUGUAUAGAUAAAGUUAUACUAUAAACAGCCUACACAGUGCAAAUAUUUAUCUGUUUAUCAAAUACCACAUUAUGCUGUAUAAUAUCUGUUUUACUAUAUAAUCUAUUUUAGACAUAGCUGUUUAGAACUAGAGUGUGCUAUUUUUGUGUUUUUCUGAUGUGUGGUGCUAGAUAAGUUACUUUUGUGAACAAAAGCAAACAAACCCCUUUUAUUCCUAGACAAUACCACCUUUGGGUCUUGUUAAUUUCACUGAGUAUAACUAUAUAUAAAUAUAUAUAUAUUUGUGUAUAUAUAUAUACACACCAACAUAUGCCCAACAAGUACCUGUAUCAGAGUACAAGAUUUGGGACAUGGUUUUCUCUUUAAAUGCAUAGUGUCAUUAUAUAAAUUAUUCUAUAGUAUAUUUAAUAAGGAGAAAAUUACUUCACCGGUACAGAUACUUGAUAUCAAAUGUAGAAUUUUUUUCUACAUUAUUAACAUUAUUAAUUAUUAACGUUAUUAAAAAUGUUCUGUCCAGCUUGUUACCCUUUUGGUUACUAAAACAGUCUGCCUGUACUGUAUCAGAAAAAAGAAUAAUCUGCCAGUAUAAAGCAAUUACAACAUGCUGUCUGUCUGAAUGGGAGGUAGUUAUUUGGCUUGUUGGAAGAGUUCUAUCCCGGUGUUGCAUCUGAUAUUUAUAGAUGUUAUUCUGUUGGGUGCCUUCCUCCCUCUUCACUUUAAAUAGGAUCUGUACACAAACUGUGGAUGUUACAAGGCCAUGCCUACACACUUAAGUCCAUUUACUGUAAAUAGGAAUUUUCUGUAAAUCUUCCAUGAUAGAUGGAUGGCUAAAUUUAGUCCUUGAAUAUGCUUUAUAAAUUGUGCAUACAAUACCCAAGGACAGCCAUUAGCAACUAAAGUUAAUUAAGAAGUGGAAUUUGCAACAUUUUGUCAGGUCUGGGGGUUUUGUUUUUAUUUUUCAUGUAUACCUUAAUUUAUGUAGUCAUGUGCCCUUAAAAGUAUUCCUGUCCCCUCUUCCCUUCAUUUUAGAUAUUGUUUUCAUGGUAAUUCUUAAAAACUGAUGGAUAUCAAAUAUCUAACUAAGGAGGUAAUUAACCUUUUAAAUAUUUAUUAGAAUUUUUCUGUAAUAUUACUGAAUUUAUAAGAUCUUUAGCAAAGAUUUUUGAGCAAUUUAUUAAAUACAAUGUUUCUGUUUACUGCACUUUUUGAUAAUAGGAGGUAGUGAAUUUUAAAGCCAUUAUUCUUGGCUUCCAUGCACUGCUUUUAUACCCUCAAUCCAAGGAAUAUAUAUAUAUAAAUAAUUUUUUUUAAACAGCAAACAUACUGUUGUCCUAAAAAGAAAUACAACCCUUACUGCACCAUGGGUAUAUUUUCAUAAGUGGAAUGUUUAAUUGCGAACACUAUCAGGACAAUUAUAAAAACCUCUUGAAGCUACAAUCUUAUUUAAAUAUAAGCCAUGACAAUUUUAUUUUCCCUUAUUGAUUUAAGUCACCCUUUGAUAUUUUCAAAGAGAAGAGAACUCGUUCUUAAAUUUAUAUGUACUAACCUAUACAUAAUGCUAGGAACACGUUUUCCCUGUUGUUUUAAUUUUAAUAGUUUGAUAUAUUUAUGGAAGACCAUUUGUUUAACAUAUACUCACCCUGUUACUAAAUAUUCAACAUAACAAGAUCAGAAUAAAUGCUGAUUACAAAUAUAAAUCAGUUUGAAGAUUAAGCACAUAGACUUCAAAAACCUCGUUGAGUGAUAUGCUCAAAUUUCUGUAAAUACACACGAGUUUAAAUGCAACUAUACUGUACAUGUAAAUAUAUGCUGUCUGUUAUGUGUACAGUAUGUAUAAAUUCCUUUUCUAGCCACAAUAAAAUGUAAGCCAUCAAGAGGAAUACUAAAGUGGUAUUGUACUAAACCUUUGCUAAUGAUCUUUACCCAAUCACUUAACUUUUCACUUUCAUGGACCUUUCAAACUCACUCUUAUGAAUAGCCUGCUUAUAUUCAAGUUUGUUAUUUUACUCAGUCCCAAAAGAAGUAUUUUGAUUCAUUUUGUAAAUAUGAUUGUAAAAAUAAGAGAUUUAAUGUUGUCUUUUAAAUACUCCAAUUUUCAUUCUAAUAUGAAUGUUGUUAUAUUGUACUUAGAAACUGUACCUUUAAUAUUACAUUACCUUUAUUAAGUGCAUUGAACACAUCGAUUUUAGAUGUGCUUUAUGUACUGUUAUCCUGUAAUAAAACUUCAGCUUCUAAUGGAAAAA